UUGAGGCGAUCCAUGGUAACAGACAGACACUCGCGCAGCAGCGGUGCAGCAACAGCAGCGGACACACACGAACCGACAGAAAUGUCUGGAACCGAGAUCACACCCGAACCGGCUCUCGCGUCCUACAGACACCCGGGGCUCGCACCCGCACCAGACGCGCGCUUGGCCUUUUAAACGCGCCGCGCGAGGAAUGCUAGACAUCAAAUGCACCUGACGUAUCGUGUCAGUUUAUGAAAAGCGCCACCUAUUCUGACAAAAUGCGCGUUUUCUGGCUUUUUGAAUUGUAUUUAUUGUAAUAGACGGGCAGACGAUUUUAAUGCGAGUGAAACAAUGGAUUAACGCAUUGACUAUCGCUGUGUAUAUUUUUUAUUUAUCCGGAUCGAAAGAAGAACGAUACCGUCUGCACUUGCCUUUGCAAUUUUAAUUUUAUAUUACAGUCAUACUACAGUAAUAUCGUGAAGAUGGCGACUGGAGCCGGCUGGCAGCAUUAUUAUAACCCCAAUGGAAGCGCAACGACUGGGAAAUAUACCAGCACUUCUACAUCCACAUCUACCAACACAUCAUCCUUCCCGUCAGGUUCAACCCUCGAGUACACGCAAGACCUCCAUCUGAAGAUGAGCAAGAAGAUAGCGCAGCUGACCAAGGUGAUCUAUGCCCUUAACACCAAGAACGACGAGCACGAAGCGGCUAUCCAAACCUUGAAGGAAGCCCACGAGGAGGAGGUGCAACAGAUCCUGUCGGAAACUCGGGAGAAGAUCAUGCAGUACAAGAGCAAGAUCAGCGACGAGAUGGACCUGAAACGACGCAUUCAGUCCCUGGAGGAGUCUAUGGAACUUCACGAGCGGAUGAAGAGGCAAGCGUUGACGGAGUUUGAGACGUACCGCCAGCGGGUGGAGGACAUGCAGCUGUGUACAGAGGCGCAGCACACUCAGCGCGUGGUCACCAUGUCACGCGAGGUGGAGGAAAUGCGACGCUCUUUCGAGGAAAAACUGCGCUCUUUUGGACAGCUACAAGCGCAGUUCGAGCAGGAGAAACGGCAGGCUCUGGAGGAACUGCGUUCUGGCCAUCGACAGGAGAUCCAGGAACUUCUUCGUUCACACCAAAGCCAGAAUGCCAACUACAGCAAAGACCAGGAGAAGCUUGGACAGCUUCAUAAAGCCGAGGUGGACUCAUUGAGCGAGAGGGUCGAGGAACUGAAACAGGACAAGAAGCGUCUGGUGGAGGAAUACGAGGCCAAGCUCAAUAAAGCCCAGGCUUUCUACGAGCGCGAAUUGGAGGCCAUGAAGCGCACGCAGCAGAUGACCGCUGAGAACCUGCUGGCCUGGAAGAAGACGGAGGGGGAGCUGAGGAAAGAGUUUCAGGCGCAGGAAGCGGCGCUGCAGAAAACACUGGGAAAGCUGCGCAGCGAGCUGAAGCGUGUGCAGGACGAGGCCAGAGAGAGCAGAGAGAAAUCUCAUAAACUGCAGGCCUCGCUCAUUGCCGCAGAGAAUAACAUUAAGGAGCUGCAUAAACAAUUAGAGGAGGUCACCAAGAACACGGAGAUCGUGGAAAUCAGACAGAGGGAGGCCGAAUGCGAGCUGGAGGCAUCCAGAGACAGAGUUCAACAGCAGGCCACUGAGAUCCUCCUGAAAGCCAGUCAAAUUGGAAGCCUGCAGGCCACGCAGAUGACCCACGAGGCCGUCAUUCGAGAUCUGGAAUCGGAGAAGUCUCGUCUGAAGGACAAGGUUUUACGUCUGGAGGAUGAAAGAGGGGCGUUGCAAAAUAAAUGUCAGACGCUGGAUGAGAGGCAGAGACAACAGAUCGCCUCCCUGGAGAAGUCCAUUCGAGAGGAAAAGCAAAUCUACGACAAAGAGCUGAUGAACCUCCGUGCCAAAUAUGAAGAGGAAACGGCUCACUUUAAGGACAACCACAGCCGGGCGCUGGAAGAGCUCACACGGAAACACCGGGCGGCUUUGGAGAACGUCCAGAGCUUCACAGAGAAAGAGAAGAACCGACUGCUGACCGAGAUGGAGGAGCAGUUUGACAGGGAGCGGACCUCUCUAGAGGAACAGAAGAGUCUUCUUCGAGAGGAACUUGACAGUCUGAGAGAGGAACUCACUGCCAAACUUAACAUAGCCAACAGUGAGGUGAGUCGCCUCCAGGAGCUGGUGAAGCACGGAGAACAGGGUCUCGGCUCUGCUGAGGGACACAUCACCAGUCUGAAGGAUGCUCAGAAGAAACUUCUAGAAGAGCUGGAUGCUACAAGAGCCAGACUUAGAGAGACCAGCAACCUCCUAACAGCCCUUCAGGGGGAGAUGGAGACUCGAAAGCAACAGCAUGAUGCCAAACUCAUCUCUAUCAAAGAAGAAGAGAAGCUGAAGAUGGAUAAGAUGGCCCUGGAGCUGGAGCUGAAGUGGACGGAGACUCUCAGGCAAGAGUGUAAGAAGCUGCGAGAGGAACUGCGCGAGGAUCACGAGGAGAAUAAAAGGUCAGCUCUUAACCAGCUGGCACAGAACAAAGAUCAAGAGAUGUGCUCGGCCAGAGAGAGCUGGCAGAGGAAGGUGGAGGACUUGCUGGAACAGAUUUCCUUGCUGAAACAAAGCCUGGAGAUGCAACUGUCCCAAUCCCAGCAUUCCCUGCAGCAGCUGCAGGCUCAGUUCACUCAGGAGCGGGAACACCUGGGCCAGCAGCUGCAGGAGAUGGAGAUCGAGCACCAACGUAGGGAGCAGCGAAUGCAGGAAGCUCACUGCUGCUCUAUACAAGACAUGCAGGAGGCUCGCCAGCAUGACCUGAAGGAGCUAGAAGAGCGUCUCCGCCAGCAACAUCACAUGGAGCUUCAGUCUCUGCGUGAAGCUCACAGGCAAAACAUUGAGACACUGAAGCAGCAGUCAGAACAGGAACUGCAGACUCUCCGCUUCGAGCUCGAGGACGAGGGCAAGGCCAUGCUGGCAUCCUUACGUUCAGAACUGAACCAUCUUCACGCAUCAGCUAUCGAACACAUGCGUCAGACCCAUCAACAGGAAACAGCAGCUGCCAAACAGGAACUGGAGAACGCGCUGGAACAUAGCAGAGUACAGGAACAGGAGCUGUUGAGUCGCAUCUCAGACCUGCAGGACGAGGUCAGUCGCAGGAAGAAACAUAUCGCCGAUCUGGACCACGAGAUUCACACCCUGAACGAAAACAUCAGCACUUUGACCAAGGAGCUUGAACUGAAGGGUAAAGAGGUUUUGAAGAUCCGUAGUGAGGCAAAUCAGCAGAUCAGAGCUCACGAGCAGGACCUGUGUAAGAAACAUGAGAGAGAGAUGGCCGAACUGAACGCUCUCCACCACAGAGACACACAGAACAUGCUGUCAGACUUUAACAAAGCCCAGGAACUUCUGAAGGACAAGAUCUCCGCCCUGCAGAUUCUGUUGGAGGGAACAGAGGAUAAAUUUCGGAACCGGGAGAGUCGACCUGAAGACCUGCAGACGAUAGCCGAACUGAAGGAUAUGGUGGCCGAGAGAGAAACGCUGGUCAAGAAGCUGGUGGAUGAUAAAAAGUUUUAUCAGCUGGAGCUUGUAAACCGAGAGACCAACUUCAACAAAAUAUUUAACACGAACCCCAAUGUUGGUGUCAUUAACCCGCUUGUCAAGCAAAAGCGAAAGAACGACAAAUCAGCCAACCGAUUCAGCAGCUCGGCCAAUCUUAGGGCCAAUGUGGAGGCCUCAGGAACCGAGAGCAUCCAGCCCCAGCCCACCCGCCUCGAACCCAUACCCAACUCCCCUAUUCACCAGCUGGAGCCUAAUGCGAGCAAACCCCUGCCCCCACCUCUCCCUCUCACCGAACCCAAGAAAUUGACGAGCCCUCCUGAAGGAGAAGAUUCACCCGUCACCUCUCCAGAUCCCCAGAGACAAGAAUGGUUUGCUCAGUACUUCUCCUUCUGACCUUUGCAUUUAGAGCAUGUCAACCAAACACAAAAAAGACAAAAAAAGUGAUGUCUUAUUUAACAACACAUUAUUUCAUUUGUUUUAUUUCUCCACUGUGAAUGGGUUUUUGUUUUAACUGUGAUGAUAGGUAUGUUUGACAUUUCAUUUACUGCAGUUUCUCUAUAGAGUGGUAUGAUGCUGCUAAAAAUUAUUUGUUUGAAGAAAUAAAAAGAUAGUCUAAACUGUAUCUAAUUUUAGAAUGCCACCGUAAUGACUUUGUUACAGCUGCAUAUUCAAUUUUGGUAGGAUUAAAUUGUUUGUAUGGAUGUCACAACACAGAUAUAAUGAUGUCUCACUAAUUUUAAAAUAAAUGCAUAUUUUAUAUUUAUAUUACUGGUGUAUGCGUAAGAAUAAAUAUUUAUUGUUACAUUUAA